AAGAUGGCGGCGCUCAGGAGCCGGUGAAGUGAGAGGACGCUGGGAUCCUAGGGACUGCUGCACCAGUGCGUUAUGGCCGCGUCCCCGCACACUAUUUCCUCGAGCCUCCUCACAGGCUCAGUAGGAGGAUGUGUGUGGUAUUUAGAGAGAAGAGCUAUACAGGGGUUGCCACACAGGGUCACACAUCUGUUCAGGAAUGUCAAUAAUCAGUGGGUCACGGUCCAGCACUUGAGUUUCCUCAAGCGCAUGUAUGUCACACAGCUGCACAGGGGCCUUAGCCAGCAAGUCAAACCAAAGCCAGAGCCACCGGCUUCUCCUUUCCUUGAACACACCUCUUCAGGGCAGGCUAGAGCAGGAGUGGAUGAUCUGCCAUCUUUCCUAGCACCUAGUCUGCCUCUGUCCCAAAAGCCAGAUGAGGAAUUGGUGGAGCUGGAGACGACCUCCAUAGUGGACCAUUCCCUUGAUAUAGCCAAAGAGAAAAAGGAAGAAAGGCAGUGGAAAGAGAUGAAGCUUCACACUGACGAUCUGCCUGGCAUUUUGGCCCGGCUGUCCAAGAUCAAACUCACAGCUCUUGUGGUAACCACCACUUCAGCAGGCUUCGCACUGGCUCCAGGCCCUUUCGACUGGUCCUGCUUCCUGCUUACAUCCUUUGGAACUGGUCUUGCAUCCUGUGCUACCAACUCCAUAAAUCAGUUUUUUGAGGUGCCAUUUGACUCAACCAUGAGUAGAACAAAGAACAGGCCUCUGGUUCGCGGACAGAUAAGCCCAUUGCUAGCUGUGUCUUUUGCCACCUGUUGUCCUGUGCCAGGAGUGGCCCUUCUGACCUGGGGAGUGAACCCACUCACAGGGGCCUUGGGGGCCUUCAACAUUUUCCUGUAUACCUGUUGUUACACAUCACUGAAGAGGAUUAGCAUCACCAAUACCUGGGUUGGAGAUGUGGUGGGAGUCAUUCCUCCUGUCAUGGGCUGGACGGCCGCCACUGGAAGCCUUGAUGCUGGAGCGCUUCUUCUGGGAGGGAUCCUCUACUCCUGGCAGUUCCCCCACUUCAGUGCCCUGAGCUGGGGCCUCCAUGAAGACUACUCCCGAGGAGGCUACUGCAUGAUGUCCAUCACCCACCCAGCCCUCUGCCGGCGGGUGGCACUGCGCCACUGCCUGGCCCUGAUUGCUCUGUCAACUGCUGCCCCUGUCUUGGACAUCACCAUGUGGGUCUUCCCUGUCAUCUCCCUCCCCAUCAACCUGUACAUUUCCUACCUCGGCUUGCACUUCUAUGUGGACGCAGACCGCAGGAGCUCAAGGAAACUGCUGCUGCUGCUGCUCAUGCUCACCUUUAAGCAGCGGCCUGGCCAGGAGGGGGACAAGGGAGAGGCUCCAAGCUGA